AUGUUCCAGCGAUCCGAGGAGGCACCACUGACCCUAGUCGCACGGCUUGACUAUCCCAACCGUCCCUCAGUGGUGAAAGCUCUUCUCCACACCUAUCUUCCCCGGAUUGUGGACCUUGACAUCACCUCAGAUGUUGUGGAUCUCGCAUAUGGAGACGAUUUACCCCUCACAAAGGCCUCCAAGCUUCACCAUAUUCAGUUGACCGAAACUCGUGGGAAACUAUUCGCUUAUCCGAUUUACUUCUGUAGCGAUAGUGCUCCUUCCUUACGCAGCGUUCGCCUCCUAUACGUGAAGCUGCCGUGGGCGGUUUCUCCGUUCAUGAACUUGGUGUCUUUGUCCAUCAAUAACUUAGGGUUUUUCAACAGACGGGACUCGGAUACCGCAGAUCCUGGCAAUGCACCGACACUCUCCCAGAUACUUCAUAUCUUGAAAUCCAACGAGAAGACACUCGAGGUGCUUGAGUUGGUGCAAUGCCUCCCCAUAUAUACUCCCCCUUUUCCGACGAUGAAUGAUAGUGUAAUGCCGAAAUUUUCUCGACUGAGAGAUUUUGUGCUGAACACAUACUAUCAUACGGCUUUGGCUGUCUUCACGCAUAUCAGCAUCCCCACACGAACUCGAUUGCAGCUGCAUCUCACCGUCGGAGCAAGCAGCAACCAAUCCGUGCCAUCAUCAUAUCAAUUAGCAUGGUUCGCUCGCUCAAGGAGAUUUAUUCUCACUCCUUCACGCACUUUGGAGGUCACGGUGGAAGGCUUCGAACUUAUCACAAGGUUCUGGCUCGAGGAAAUCGUCGAUGAAGACAUCCAGUCCUCACAAUUCACUCCCAAUAGCAAGGAAGUAUCGCAAUUCAAGUUCGAUCGCACGAUGUUACAUAGGAUCCUACCAGACACAAUAAAAUGGGUUCUUUCUCAUGGUCUAGGUACCACCCCACAUAUCACGACAUUGACAUUCAGGUCUACAUCCGAGUGGCUCACAGACGAUUGGCUCGUUGCUUUUGGAUCUCUCAGAACUUUGAGAAAUCUGAGCGUCUCUGGAAAUGUCGCUGUCCGUCUCAUAUCGCUCUUGUCGACGCGCCACGACAACCCAGAUCCAGAGGCAAUCAGUACGGACGACGUACAGCCAGAGUCGUGCAUAACUCAAUCCCCUCAUUUCAACCGGCUGUCGCAUCUUGCGCUGUCGCUCGUGGACUUCGGGGCACCCCUGAUCUUAAAGGUCAAUGGUCCAAAAGAACCGUAUGAAACUACCCUCCUCAACGAUGUAAUCAUCACCGAGCUGCACCAACGCCGCCGAGAAGAGUUAGACGAUAGCAACUCCAUUUCCAGGAUCCGAUGGCUGUCCAUCCAGCGUUGCACUAUCCAGGAAACAUGGGGACAGAAUAGUGGGAGAAGGUGCGAAGAGUCGCUCCGAGAUCGUGAUGAGUCUGUGGUCGAAAAGACUCUGGUUUCAUCUAUGCUAGCUCAUUCAGAUCAAACGUCGCUAAACUUUUGGAGCGCGGCGGGAGACGCCAGACUACUCAUUGCAAGGAAGAACGCUGUAGAACCAAGCCAGGAGCAGGGUCGUCUUGAUGACGAACUGGAUGCCCUGCAACUUGUACUGGAACGCAUACGAGUGCGGCGCAAUCAGCUAAUGCUUGCCAUCCAGCUGCCGGAAGAUGUUAUUUUUGAAGUUUUCAGAAUUCUCGCACAAAGUGACCCACCAUCCCAACGCCAUAUAGGCUGGAUAGCGGUCUCACACGUUUGCCAUCGUUGGAGAGAGAUAGCUCUUCAGCACUCUCUCCUCUGGACAUACAUUUCAACAGAUAGUGGUUCCAGACUGAUGGAACUCAUGCUUCAGCGAUCCGAGGAGGCACCGCUGACCAUGAUCGGCCGGUUGGGCUACCCCAAACGCACCUCGUUGGUGAAAGCUCUUCUCCAAACCUAUCUUCCUCGGAUUGUGGACCUUGAUAUCACCUCAGAUAUCGUGCAGCUCGCAUAUGGAAACGAUAGUUUUCUCCCCUCAAGGCCCUCCAUGCUUCGCCGGAUAGAGUUGAGCGAAACUCCCGGAGGACUACUUGCAUAUCCGAUUCACUUUUGUAGCGACCGAGCACCUUCCCUGCGCAGCGUUCGCCUCGAAUACGUGAAGCUUCCGUGGGCGGUUUCUCUCUUCACCAAUCUAGUAUCCUUAUCCAUCAACAACUCAGGUUUCUUCAACGAAUGGGAAUCGAACCUCACAGAUCCUGGCAACACACCGACACUCUCCCAGAUUCUUCAUAUCCUGAGACCCAACGAGCAGACGCUCGAGGUGCUCGAGUUGGCUGGAUGUCUCCCCUUAUAUACUCCGCCUUUCCCGGCGAUGGAUGAUAACGCCAUGCCAAAAUUUGCUCGACUGAGAGAAUUUGUGUUGGAGACCAACUAUCAUACGGCUCUUGCUGUCUUCACGCAUAUCAGCUUCCCCACGCGAGCGCGAUUACAAUUGCAUCUCACCGGUGGUGUAUUCGGCCACUUCGACUACGUGGUCUCAUCAUAUCAAUUAGCAUGGUUUGCUCGCUCAAGACGAGCUACCCUUACUCCUUCACGCACUUUGGAGGUUACGGAGGACCCUUACGCACUCAUAACAAGGUUCUGGUCCGAGGAACUCGUCGAUGAGGACAUCCAGUUCUCAAAAUUCAUUCCCGAUAGCAAGGAGCUAUCACAUCUCGAGUUUGAUCGUGGGAUCUUAUAUAGCAGCCUUCCGAACACGAUCCAAUGGGUUCUUUCUCUCGGCCUCGGUAGAACCCCACAACUCACGACAUUGUCAUUCAAACUUUCGUCUAUUAAAUCCGCCUGGUCUGCCGACGAUUGGCUCGUUGCUUUUGGAUCUCUCAGAACUUUGAGACAUCUGAGCGUCGCUGGAACUGCCGCUGUCAGUCUCAUAUGUGUUUUGUCGACGCCCCACGACAAUUUAAAUCCAGAGGCAAUGAAUACGGACGACUCCGUACAGCCAGCGUCGCACACGGCUCAAUCCCCUCAUUUCAAUCGGUUGUCGCAUCUUGCGCUGUCGUUCGUGGAUUUCGGGACAUCCAUAAUCAUGAUGGCAGAUAGUUCGGAACCGUACGAGACCACCCUCCUCGACAUAUUCGUCACUGAGCUGUACGAACGCCGCCGAAGAGAAUUAGACGACAACUCCGCUUCCAGGAUCCGAUGGUUGUCCAUCCAGUCUUGCACUCUACAGGAAAGAUGGUGGGAGAAGAUCACAUUGGUCGAACAUAUACAUCUUUUCGACUGA